GUAUCGCUUAGGCCGCGGUUGUUUUUGUUGUUAUUGUCGUCAAAAUGGCGACUGGCGGAGAGGCCCCGGAGUCCUGGUAUCUUGCCUUGCUUGGUUUUGCCGAACAUUUUCGUACUUCGAGUCCACCGAAAAUUCGCCUCUGCGUACACUGUCUCCAGGCUGUAUUUCAAUUCAAACCUCCACAAAGAGUCGAGGCCCGAACGCACCUUCAGCUCGGCUCGGUGCUCUAUCACCACACCAAGAACAGCGACCUCGCCCGGAAUCAUCUGGAGAAAGCGUGGUUCAUCUCGCAACAAGUCCCUCAGUUUGAAGAUGUUAAAUUUGAAGCUGCCAGUCUCCUCUCAGAGCUUUAUUGCCAACAGAAUUUGGUUGAUUCUGCUAAGCCUUUACUACGCAAAGCCAUCCAGAUUUCCCAGCAGACUCCCUAUUGGCACUGCAGAUUGUUGUUCCAACUAGCGCAACUGCACACACUAGAGAAGGACUUGGUGUCUGCGUGUGACUUAUUGGGUGUAGGUGCUGAAUAUGCCAGGGUCGUCGGAUCAGAAUAUACCAGAGCUCUGUUUCUUCUGAGUAAAGGGAUGUUGCUGCUCAUGGAACGUAAGCUACAGGAGGUGCAUCCUUUGCUCACGUUGUGCGGGCAGAUCGUGGAGAACUGGCAGGGAAACCCCAUACAGAAGGAAUCCCUCCGGGUCUUUUUCCUGGUGCUGCAGGUCACACAUUACCUGGACGCCGGACAGGUGAAAAGCGUGAAGCCAUGUUUAAAGCAACUGCAGCAGUGCAUCCAGACCAUCUCAACACUCCAAGACGACGAGAUCUUGCCCAGUAACCCUGCAGACCUCUUCCACUGGCUCCCUAAAGAACAUAUGUGUGUGCUUGUCUACUUGGUCACUGUUAUGCACUCAAUGCAGGCUGGAUACUUGGAGAAGGCGCAGAAGUACACAGACAAAGCUCUAAUGCAACUAGAGAAACUAAAAAUGUUGGACUGCAGUCCCAUCCUCUCGUCAUUCCAAGUCAUCCUGCUGGAGCACAUCAUCAUGUGUCGCCUGGUGACGGGCCACAAAGCGACAGCGCUGCAGGAGAUCUCUCAGGUGUGCCAGCUGUGCCAGCAAUCUCCUCGUCUGUUCUCCAACCACGCUGCUCAGCUCCAUACUCUAUUAGGGCUCUACUGUAUUUCUGUGAACUGUAUGGACAAUGCAGAGGCUCAGUUCACUACAGCCUUGCGGCUUACUACACACCAGGAGCUGUGGACUUUCAUCGUGACCAACCUGGCCAGUGUGUAUAUUAGAGAGGGCAACCGACACCAAGAGCUUUAUAGCCUACUAGAGAGGAUAAACCCUGACCACAACUUCCCUGUCAGUUCUCACUGUCUGCGAGCCGCAGCCUUUUACAUCCGCGGACUUCUCUCCUUCUUCCAAGGACGCUACAACGAAGCAAAGCGUUUCCUGCGUGAGACCCUUAAGAUGUCAAAUGCUGAAGAUCUGAAUCGACUGACCGCAUGCUCGCUUGUUCUGCUCGGACACAUAUUCUAUGUUCUGGGAAACCACAGGGAAAGCAACAAUAUGGUGGUUCCAGCCAUGCAGUUGGCCAGCAAGAUUCCUGACAUGUCUGUUCAGCUUUGGUCUUCUUCACUGCUUAAAGAUCUGAACAAGGCCUGCGGGAACACAAUAGACGCUCACGAGGCGGCACAAAUGCACCAGAACUUCUCCCAGCAGCUCCUACAGGACCACAUAGCUGCCUGCAGCCUGCCUGAACACAACCUCAUAAGUUGGACAGAUGGACCUCCACCAGUGCAGAUCCAAGCUCAGAAUGGACCCACAACCAGCCUGGCCAGCCUGCUUUGAAUAUACAGCACACUGAUACACACACACACACACACACACCCCUUCUCACUCACUGUGAGCACACAAAUUGUACAUAAAGGUCAGCCUCUGAGCCCUCACAUGCACAUAGAUACAUACACACACACACAUUAAAACUAAAGGAGACAGGACUCCACUGCCUUUGUCCUGCAGAUUUUAUCUUGUAAUCUUCAGAUUUUAACUUAUUCUUAUUGAACUUGUAUGAUGUUGGGGCAGUGAGACGUCAGCGAGACCUUGGGAACGGUGGGGAUAUGAGUCACGUGAUUUAAUUAUUUCAGUCUUCAUGGAAGAAAAAAAUAAAGCAGAGAAAGGCUCUAUAGGGCAAAAGUUUGGAGGCAUACAGUCUUAUAAUUUUGAAACUAUGUUUGGACGUUCAACAAAAGGUGUCGAUGAAGCCAUUUCCUUUCAUAUCAGUUUAAAACUUUAGUCCUGUUGGCCCAUUUCUCUGUGUAUACGUUCAUGUACGAGCUUAAUUAUAAGACACAGACGUCAAUAUUUUUCAUAAUUAAUAACCUUUGAAACGAAAUUAACUCCAAUGCAUUAUCCAUCAGCUUAACCAGUGAAUGAAACAUACUGACGUGUGUGUUGGAUUUGCAUUGAAACAGUGUGUCAAGGGGGAUUCAUUAGUUAGCACGCUACCUGGUUUGAUAUUUUUCUUCUUUUUUUUUUUUAAACAUUUUUGAUCUCCAGUCUUCUCCACAAAGACGUUGUGAAACUGCAGGUUUCUCAUUCCAACCCAAUCCGAAGCCACAUCUCAUCCCAUCUGUCGUUAGACCAUUGUUAUUUGUGGCGGCCGAUGGGACGAAAACCCGUAACCGUAACAAAACUUUGUGCCUAAGAUCGAAGACGUGUGGUGCAGAUCAGAUCAGACUUGGCCUUGACAAAUUCAGCCUGAAUAGAACGCUCCCCUCAUUUUCAGGGGAACGGAACGAACAGGCUCACGAUAAUAUCGAACCCGAGCUGGCGCAGGCAGCUAAGAGUUUAAAGGACACGAUGUAAGAAGCAAAAAAAAAAUCCGUCACUAUAUUGCGUUUCCUGGUACCCGGAGUCAGUGUCUUUAAUGCGAAGCCACGUCUCAGAGUAUUGUUUCAGCAUCAUCCAGAGAUUUUUUUUUUUUUUUUUUGUCCUGUUUCAUUGUUUAUUUUUUUAACUACAUCUAAAACAUGUAACUAAAAAUGCAUAGUAAUCUUUUCUUUUUUUGCAAUUUAUGUCUUGUGUGGGGUAUUUCAAAAACGUAUGUAUAGAUUUUCUCUAUUUUGAGCACUGCAGAUAUUUUAGCAGUAUCAAAUUUUUAUUACCAGUGGCAGUUUGUUAGUUAAGAACAUUUUGACAAAGCUGUUUAGGGGAAUACUGUGCUAGGUCCAGAAACAAAGGUUCAUUUUUAUUUUUGGUCUGCAAACUACUGGCUUUUGGCGAAAUUUCUUAAAAGGCCAAGAAAGCACCAGCAUACAGUCGUGAAUCAUCGAUCUUUAAGCUUGGUUUAUUUCUUUUCACUGAUAUUUAUUGUUAGCUCGGCUCUUGGCAUGUUCCACACUUGGUAUUAGAUUUUAUUUGUGUAUAUAAUUCCAAGCAAAAGAGGGCGCUAGAGAUGCAACUACCUGUUCUCCAUUCACAUGAGAAUCAGAAAUAAAAACCCUCUUUUUAAGUUGAAGAUGAUGGUAUCCAGAUCUGUCUCCCAAUAAGCAGAUCAGCAUUCCUUCAUCUUGACACAACUCAAGGCUGGUGAAACUGAAGACCUUUUGUAAUAUUCUAGUAAAUAUUUCUUAAACAACACCCCGGAUUCUUUCCUUUUGCGGACAUGAUGUCUUUUGUACCGACACGUGACGAUGCUUUUCUUUCUUUUCUCCCCCCCCCUUUUCUCUUCUCCACUGUAUAAACCCUGCUGAGACAGCUUUCUUUCUUUCUUUCUUUUUUUUUAAGGUAUUUACCCCCCUUUUUCUGUAGUUUUAACAAAUAAAUCCAUUUAUUAAA